AUGGCAUCGACAGGAACGCGCUGGCCGGCGAUCGAGCUCCCGGCCGCCGGCACGAAUGCGCUGGCCACCUCGGCCUUUGCGACCUACGUGCUCUCGCUGGUCGGAUACGCCGUCUACCUGCUCCACGCCCUCCUGCCCGCCGCCAGCCUGCACAGCUACUUCCCCAGCCAGGCCUGGCCCGUCCUCCUGCCCGCCUGGACCACCGUCGCCGUCUGGUUCCUCUUCCUCAGCUACUUCGCCACCAACCUCGCCUACUCCCCCCCCACCGACGGCCCCCACGCACUCGCCGCCCUCACCGAUCGCCACGCCCUCAUCAUCCCCCACCCCUCUCAUCCGCCCCCUGCCUCCGAGCACGAUCUGCCCGUCCCCGUCCUGCGCGACUUGCCCUGCCAGCUCGUCAACCAGUUCUACUUCAACUGA